AUGUCUGCAAUGAAAGAUAUCACAAAUCUGACCUCUAUUUCCUCGCUGAACGGCCACGAGAGUUCUCCAGAGAGGGACAUUUUUGUUUCUUUCGAGGCUCCGAGCUUGCGGAGGAAGCGAACAGCCAAGCAAGCUUCCUUGCAUAGAUUCGUCCAAUCUUCCACCGAAACGCUCGAAAACAUGAGCUCUGAAGAGGACUCAAGCAACAAAAGUGGAAGUGAAGUGGAAGGAGAGGCUAACUCAGUGUUUAUGACUCCUGAGAGCGAACCUAGACUUAAAGCAAGCGCUCAGAAACGAAGGCGAUUUCGACUUGAAGGAAGCCCGCGAAACAGCGACUCUUCUUCUCCCGAGCUUUCAAGGACCCUGUACGGUCUCUCGAAAGUACAACUGGUCGAUUUGUUCAACGCAUUAGUCACAGAAAGACAUCCAGACCUCGAGCAGGUAUUUAUUUCAUAUAAACUUUUCACAAUGUGAGCUUAAAAUGGCAACUCGAGCUUUAAAUUCAGAAGGCGCCAUAGAUGCACAACAAAAGCCAUAUUUGCAAGUCAGACAUUGUUAUGGUUAUUUAGCUAGCUUAUUAUUCUUUGAAAGUUAAAGGCGCAGUCUAGUUGCUAAGCAAACCGUUUUAUUUCUCUUAAAGGAACUUCAAGGUCUAAUCCCGGAGCCUGAUCUUAAGGAAAUGGAAAAAAAACUGAAUUAUUUACAGCGAAAGAUAUACAAAUCCUUCCCGCACUCGCGUUACGGUUCCUCAAGCAAUACUUUUUGCUAUCGGCGCGUCAACACGCACCUAGCAGCCUUCAAGGUAAUGUGUGAGCAUUUUUGAGACGUAACUUGUUCUAUAAUUCUUGUUUUCCUGAUUGCUGAGUUUGUAUAGGCAAGAGUAGCAAUAGCAAUCUUUCCUUGAAGGACCCAAGAAAGCUGUAUAAAUCUUGAUGAGAAUUUCUUGGUUUGCAAUCACGUGACAAGGUGGCCAUGUUGGGGUCAAUCAGAAGCAUAUUGCCUCGAAGCGGGGUUAUAUGCUUCUGGGUCAAUACAGUGGAAUUUUUUGUCAAAGAAGUUACAUGAAAACAGAGUUGAGCUCCCAAAAGAGGGAACUGCUUUUAUUCUUGACCACCAGCAUGGCCACCGUGAUGUCACGUGCAAACCCCCCCUCCCUCCUUUCCUCCUGCUCCCCUUAUGGCAAGACCAGGCUUUUCAUCAGCGAGUUGCACUUUUGGGGUGACCAAAACAUGUGAGUAGGGUUAGAACUCAGUGAUCAAAUUUUUCUGAUCUGUGAAUAUGCCUCUGUCUCUGGGAUACAGGGAAGCAAGUUAAGUUGGCGACUUUUGACUUCUGUGUUUUAAAUGGAUUUGGGAGGAAACCGUCGUUAGGUGCCCCUGAAGCACUCCUACCAGUAAUUAUCAAACAUGAUAAGUAAACAGACCUGACAGAUAAAAUACCAUAGAUUACCAUUGUGAAGCUGAACAUCUUUUCUUCAACUAAACUUGUCUGAGUAAAAUGGUGCCUUGGUUCUACAUGCGCCAUUUCUAAACGGUAAAACUAUCACAGAUAGAAUAAUUUGCCAUAAAAACAAGAGUCUGAGAGUCUGUUAAAUUACAUGUAUGCUGUAUCAUAAAACGUGGAUGGUAACAAAAUUAAUUAAGGAUAGCUUGUGGCUCCUUUAUUGUAUCUGAAAUAUUUAUUUUACUGUCAUUAUUUCAGAAAGAGUGUGUGGGCCAAGGACAGACUCUGUUAGAUUUACAGCUGUGGGAAUUAUCACUAAGCUAUGUCCUGAUGGCUUGGUCAUAUGUGAAUGGCAUGCCAAACUGGGAUAAUCCAUCACAUAACAAGAGCAAGGAACAAUGCUUUAAAGCUUUGGCUGUGCAAUGCAAGAAAGCCCUUACAAACCUAAAAAAUAGUCUUACUCAAGAAAAAUGCAAAGACCUAAUAGAAAGGUAAGCUGAUUAACAUAUCAUACCUUAACAUUCUUAAAAUAUGCCCCUCCAAGUGUAGACCUCCCACAUUCAACAAAAGCCUCCUAUAAUACAAGAGAAUUGUCCUUAACUCCACCUCAAUUGCUUUGAAGUAAUUUUUCAAACCCAACUGCAGUGUUUGCCCCCAGUCUUGCCACACAGGAACCGACAAAUGCCAUUACUGCUGCCUGUAGGAUGCAGUCCUUGUCCCAAGAGAGAUGUUUACCUCACUGUAAGAAUAGGGAUCUUAAGAUCUGAGGAUAGUGAAAGCAGUGAAAACGUCACUUAAAGUAAACAGUUAGUUUGCAUUCUUUCAGUCUUCAUCACAAUAUGACUAUAACUCAAACUUACUCACUUCGCCAAAUGUAGAGGAACUCUUCCAGAAACUGAAUUUUUUAAGAAUCAUAUCCAAGUUCAGAAAGAGAAAGAAAAUCUCUUCCUGGUUGUUUUACAUCCUCCAUAAAAUGAAAUUAUAUAGUACCAUGAGGUUUGAACAGUGGUCUGAUCCUCAGCAAACCGGCAUUUAUCCAAUUGAGUUAACCGGGCAACUGCAUGCCUUCUUUAGCCUUUACGUUAUCUUGCUAGAUUUAAUUUUAUUAAUUAAAUUCCUACUUAUUUCAGUGUGUUACAACCUAUCUGAUUUGCUUUGCCUACCUAGAUUAGCCCUGCCAUUUGCAGGUAGAGCAGUUUGUAGAUUUUCCUUCUUUUAUAAUGUUGAAGUAUAAAAUAAAAUUGGAGUGGCACUUCUUGUAUCUUGAAGGUCAAACCCAGAAAGUUGUUUGCUUUGCACUCAUGAUUCUUGUUUUUUUCUAUUGCAGGAUGCAAAGUGCAUGUGAGCAAGACAACCAACUUCAACCAUGUGUGAAACUUCUCACUAUCUUGGAGUCAGAAUUCUAGCCAUGUUUUACUCACAGAUAUAACAUUAUCAAAUGGUUAACAUCAAAGACUUGUUUUAUUCUGCGACAAUCAACAAAUUAUUACAUACACUUGACUAAUGACCCAAAUAACAUUUCAUUUUUGG